UUUACCUAUAAAUAUGACCACCGCCCAAAAGUUAGUAACAGUUGUUCGCACAAGACACUGCAGCAAAAGAGCAAACAAACAUGUUGAAGGUGCUCAUCACUUUAGUUCUAGCCUUGGCUAUCGCUUCGGCCUACACCGUUACCGAUCAACCGGCUUUUAUUGAGGAUUUGCCACCAUCUCCAGUCUUAUCGGGACGCAUAACUAAUGGUAUUCGCGCAUCAGCAGGCCAAUUCCCCUACCAGACGGGUUUGUCACUAACCCGUAGCACAGGAACCUACUGGUGCGGUGGUUCUCUGAUUGGUUCCACAUGGGUCUUAACUGCGGCUCACUGCACUAACGGCGUUACUAGGGUCAAAGUUUACCUGGGCGGUACUGUGCGCACUUCUGCCAAGGUCUCGUACACCGUAACCUCGAGCUCUAUACACCAACACACUGGAUAUAAUGAAAAUACUCUCGCCAAUGAUAUUUCGCUAAUCAAGAUUCCAGCUGUUUCCUAUACCAGCGAAAUUUCAGCUAUUAAAUUGCCUUCGAUCUCUUCCUCAUACUCAAAUUAUGUUGGCAGCUACGCCAUUGCUUCGGGUUGGGGUCGCACCAGUGAUUCAUCCUCUACUUCAAGUUAUUUAAAUUAUGCCCGCCUCCCCGUUAUAGCUAAUUCGGUCUGCUCUUCAACCUAUGGCUCCAAGGUUGUGACUGGUAAUACGAUUUGUGUAGCUACUCCUGGCGGCGUUUCUACCUGUCAGGGCGACUCUGGCGGUCCGUUAGCCCUAGAAUCGGGUAAUGUGCUGGUCGGUGUUACUUCAUUCGUAUCGUCUAAAGGUUGCGCCUCUGGUGCUCCAGCCGGAUUCGUACGUGUAACCAGCUACUUGGACUGGAUUAAGGGCAAAACUGGUAUUUCCUAUUAAUAGUGGAAACAAUCUGUGUUGAAAAUGCAAAUUUAUUCAAAUAAAAUAAUUUCGAGAAGAUAAAUAUUAUAUCUAGACUAUACAAACUGCGGAUUUAAGUCUACGGGAAAAGUAAGAAUAAUUUCACUGCAGUCUACGCUGGUAAGACUUUAAUAGACUUUUGUAUAGG